AUGUGCUUGUACGACAACAUCAGAUACAUCUGCAGCGACGAAGAGCACACACUGGCGGAACUGUGCGAUGCCGCCACCGGGCAAUGUGCCCAGCUUCGAUGCGCUCCACACAUUCGACAUGUGCUGUUCUCCACCUCAGUCUGCGAUCUCUGCGGCAUUGCUUGGGAGCAAAGUGCUCUAACCGAGGACGCCUACGAUCAAAUAAUCACGCCAUUGCUGGCUUCCGAUAGAAAGAGGAGUUGCGAAACUGGCAGCUAUUUCCCGACCGAUGCUCUGUUCGUCGCUUCUCCUCCCAACACACCGAUGCGCCGCUUGUCGCUAGGGCCGUCGCCCACGCCUUCCGAAGUCGCGACUCCAAUUGAGGAAGUGUCGGAGGGCAUGUUCAAUCUCAACAUUGCACUGCCCAUGCUACCGGACACGAUUCUCACUGGUGCUCCCUUCGAACGCUCACCAAAGAUCUCGCCGUCCGACGAAGCCCUCAGCGAGCCGAAAAGCUCUCACAAUCACAAAGACAAAUUGCAGAACGACUUGCCGUCAGCGUCGCUCAUUGGCACAUACGAAACGACCGCUCAUCGCAGGCGUGACUCUUGA